AUGCCAUCGUCAACAUAUUCAACAGCAUCGAAUGAUCAAUGUGAACAUUGUCAUAGUGCAUAUACAAUAAUUAAAAAAAAAAAAAUUUGUGCAAUUUGUCGUCAAUAUUAUUGUGGAAAUUGCGCCCCACGUGAACGUUAUCUUAAUAAUUCAUAUCGUAUUUGUCUUAUUUGUCAAUUAAUAUCUAAUAAUUCUACAACAAACGAUCAAUUACUUGAAUUAAAAGUAAAACAUUUAAGGAAUUAUUUACAAGCAAAAGAUAUUUCUCAUAAUACUUGCACAGAAAAACAAGAACUUGUUGAUUUAAUAAUACGUAGUCGACAUUUACCAUUUUUACGUUUACUUGGUCAAGAAACGGAAAGUUCUUCAGUAACAAAUAAUACAAAUCAAGAACAAAAUCGUUCGACAUUAAAUCAAUCGUCAACAUCAAAUAAUUCUUCUCCAUCAACAUCAUCAAUGAAUUCAUCAAAAUCUGGACCAUUUUCAAACUUUCAACAAACAGUAUCAUCAUUUGCUAAUCAAAUGAAUAAUUUUGCUUCAAAUCUACAAGAUUAUGUUACAAAUACAGUAUCCGAUGUUAUGAAUCAUACCCUUGGUGAUGAACCACAACAGACAACAACAACUUCUAAUAAUCCUAAUCGUGGAGCAUCAUCUAAUUAUUCUUUUCCAUCACCUGGAGGUUCUACUCAUACAACAACACAAAGACCGGCGCCAACUAAUACACAACAACAACAAAGGCCUUCACCAUCUGGAUCAGCAACUGCUAGUUCGAAUUCGACUACAAGUCAACGAAUACGUCGAAAAUCGCUAAGCGAAAUAAAAAAUGAAGAAAAUAUUGAAGAUUUAAAUACUCGGGAAUUAAAAGAACUUUUAGCAGCAAAUUUUGUUGAUUUUAAAGGAUGUGUUGAAAAAAAUGAAUUAAUUGAUAAAGUUCGUCGACUUUAUCGUGAUCGACAAAAUGAAAAAAAUAAAGCAAAAGAACUUGGUGAUGUAACAGCAGGUGACAGUGAAUUGUGUAAAAUAUGUAUGGAUGCCAUUGUUGAUUGUGUCUUCUUAGAUUGCGGUCAUAUGGUGACAUGCGUCAAAUGUGGUAAAUUGCUUGCUGAAUGUCCUAUUUGUCGAUCGAACAUUGUACGUGUAGUACGCGUUUUCAAAUCAUAA